AUGAUUUCACAGAUCGAUUCUGAUGCCAGGCUGAGACGUGAAGACGAAAAGAAGAAUCCAGCAGUGAAUUCUAGUGCUGGCAAGAGAUUCGAUCAUCCACUUCCAUCAUUGGUCAAUGACUUUCAGCAACCCAACAAACGGCGAAGAACCUCUUUGGAGUACUCUCCAACCAGAGUUUUGGCAUUUGACGAUGCCAGCCCAAGCACAUUCCCAUUUAGAAGGUCCAACUUGGACAACAAUAUUGGUUUCCGCCUUCGUCCAAGAUACCUUGGCAAUGAGCUUUACAAUGAAAGUGAAAUCGUCCUAUCACCACGCAAAAUCCCCUACAUGCCAUUCUAA